CACCAAGGCAUUCACAAUCCGGGCCUUCCUCCUGCCAGGUAUGAUGUCACGGGGCUGCGGGGGUCUCGUCGCUUCUGUACCCCUCACCUCACUCCGCCUCAGGCUGUCGCAGACUCAACAUGCCUCCUCCCACACCACGCCGGCGCUCCCCAAUGUUGUUAGGAUGGUCUUCCCUGCUGCUUGCCAGUGUGUCCUGCACCGCGGCAGACUCUGAGGGUAACGCCAAGACUCACGACCUCAAGGAACAGUUUGUGCCGCCUCACUCACAUGAAGCUCCUUAUGCAGCAGAUUAUCGGGAAAAAUAUCAUUGGCCUCCAAGGAAAGUGACAACGGAUGAAAAACGAACAGUAGAUCACGAAGAAAUUGAACCAGAGAUAAAAGCAAAGAAUACAUUACAAAAAAUCGAGGAGAGGAUUCUUGAAAGAGGUGGAGACAAAGUGGAUGGCGGCAGACUAGAGAAGCGAGGCUCUUUCGUUCCAGCGCUCCGGAAGGCGCCGCUGGUGGUGCAAGUGUUUGCUCUCCUGCAGCUGAGUAUCUCCUUGGCGGCUCUUGGCGUUAGCGUCAUCCAAGGAUCGAAAAUUCUGUUCCCAAGUCUUGGAGUCAGCGAUGCCUGGCACACGGAGAGCGACCCUUAUGCAUCCGCCUCCCGCCACCCCCGCCUGCCCGAGUGAGGGCCAGGCACACACUUGCUCCCCGCUCCUGUAAAGACAUCCUUGGCAUGGUCGGCUGGUUGCAGUUCUCAUUUUGUGUGUAUGUAAAGAUGCAUGUAUAUUGACUGAAAUAAAGU